UAGAGAAAGAACGUAAUUUCCCAGCAAUUUCUCAUUAAGAUAAUUAAAAAUAGCUUUCAUUUAUGCAAUAUUUAAUAAUAUCCAUUCUGUCUGGGCGUAUAUCAUGAUUUAUCUUUGAUUUUUAUAUUUUCUAGGGAUAUUUUAAUAUAUAAGUAUCAACAGCGCAAGUGUAAAUACAAAUUGCUUGGAAUUAUAGAGGAAUAGUUUAAUAGAAUCAAUGGAUAGAGCUAGCAAAUUCAAACGGGUUUGUGUCUUCUGUGGAAGCAACCCAGGCUAUAAGAAAAUCUUCAGUGAUGCUGCUAUUGAAUUGGGCAAUGAAAUGGUGAAUAGGAAGAUGGACUUGGUUUAUGGCGGUGGGAGUGUUGGUUUAAUGGGGCUAAUUUCCCAGAGAGUCCAUGAUGGUGGUUGUCAUGUUCUUGGUGUCAUUCCGAAGGCUCUUGUUCCGAUUGAGAUAUCCGGUGAAGCUGUUGGUGAUGUAAGCAUUGUUAUGGAUAUGCAUGAGCGUAAAGCCAAAAUGGCUUCGGAGGCAGAGGCUUUUAUUGCUCUUCCUGGGCAACAUUUUGGUGUCAUGAAUAUCGUAGGAGGAUAUGGAACUAUGGAAGAGCUAUUGGAAAUGAUAACAUGGGCACAACUUGGAAUUCACAAAAAACCGGUUGGCUUGCUAAACAUUGAUGGAUACUACGACUCUUUGCUCACAUUAUUUGACAGAGGUGUUGAAGAAGGUUUCAUUAAGCCAAGUGCUCGGCAUAUAGUUCUUUCGGCUCCAACUGCCAAAGAGCUUUUAACAAAAAUGGAGCAAUACACUCCAUACAUGGACCAUGUGGCCCCUCAUGAAAGCUGGAAAAUGGAGCAACUGGGCGAUUACCCAACUGAAAUCAAGUCAUGAUGAAAUUCUUGUUUUUUGGUAGGCCUAUCUCUCAAAUGAGUACUUUAAUGCAAUUAGAUCUGAUUGAUUGUGACGUAAGAGGUUCUUCAUGGGGGCCACAUAUAAUGCAUUACCACGUACCCUUUUCAUUCUUUGUAGUCUGAAUUUCAUCGGAAUUUUCCUUUGGGUUUCCCACAACUCUGUUAUAGCUGAAUGGUUAAUCAGUGCACCAUUGUUCUUCGUUCUUGCUAUUUUUAGUUGGAAAACAAUUAGUUCAACCGCA